AUGGUUCAGGAAAAUGAAGACGGCAAAAGAUAUUUUGCAGGUUACGAAGUGUCAAUGCUGCAGCUGGUAGCCCAGAUUCGCGGUUUCCCUCUGAGGCUGACUGAUGAUGGUACUUGGCUACCAGCGUUUGGUCGGCUGCUGGCCAAUGGUACGUGGAGUGGAGUGGCUGGAGAGCUCAUUGCUGGCCACGCAGACCUUGCACUUGGUGGUUUGCCUGUGGCCAUCUGCAAUUCGGACCCUCUCGAAUGCACCACCAGCUACAUGCAACAAAGCCUCGUGUGGUUCACGCCGCGUCCAGAGAGAUUGUCCGGUUUACAUUCCGUGUUUUCAGAAGCGCCUGCGGAGGUUAUACUCAUCAUGGCAGCUCUUAAUGCAGUUAUCAGUCUCGUCAUUUGGGCUGCAUCGUCCAGUCGAGGAGUACCGGAGUACAGCAGCUAUGAGGACAGCUGCUUCGCCACGUUCUCUGUUAGCUUCUCCGUGCCAGUCAAAGAACCCUCCGUUCUUAGCGCCAGGGUGGCUUUCCUCAGUUGGAUUUUAUUUUCUAUGGCAAUGGAGACCUCACUGUCGUCAGUUAUUACAAGUCGCUUAUCGCAUCCCGUAUUCAGCCCCGCUAUUACAGACGACGAGGAACUUGUACAGUCGGGGCUGCGAGGAGCCUCUUUAACCUCCAUAGCUGAGUUCUAUCCCACUUUUCAGAAACCUGGCUCAAUCAAUAUCACCGAAGUAUGCACGUCAUUCGAUGACUGCGCUCGGCGCAUUGCAUACGAUAGAAACGUAGCUGUGCUCGCACCCGAUGUAGGCUUCAAGCAUAUUGGGAGAACCAAAUAUCACGACGAGUUGGGCGCCCCGCUCUUCACUCCUCUAAGAGACAGCGUCGUCUCCAGCCCUAUAUCGAUGGUGCUGGCCAAAGGCAAUCCUCUGGCGCCUGUGAUCAGCGAUACGAUCCUCCGCAUUGUGGAGGCCGGUUUGCUGCGGUAUGACGGUCAACCAUCAGCUAGCGGGAUGGUCACAGACGCCAACAACGACAAGGAUGUCCUUGUCUUCUACUUUGUAAUUUACUUUACGAUGACGGUGAGCUGGGUCGUCGUCUUGUUAGGCGAAAUAUCUUUCAGGAAGUGGUGCCAAUGGCGCAAGAGAAUUAAAAUCGCUCCUACUCAUGAGUUUUAUCUCCGAGGCACAGUUCGGAUCAGAGGUGGCUUCAACACGCCUAUUACUUUCAGAGUCUAG